CCCCGCGUCCCAAAACGCGCGCACCCCAGAAGCUCCAGGCGGGACUUCCUUUCUGUUGCGGAUGCGAUAUUAGGGUGAGCAGGCAGAAAGGGCUUGGUCGGGGUGUCGCUGGUCUCUCUGUGCGCCUCUGGACACCAGAUAACCGGGCUGACGACGCUGCUUGCUGCUGAAGCCUCGUAGAUGAAUCUCCUCCUCGGCUAUGCUGCCCUGAAAGCGCCGCGAGUAUCCGCCCAGCCAACAUGUCUGAUGUCAACAAGACUAUUCAGAAAUGGCACGCCAGUUUUAAGAAAGGCACAGACUUUGACUCGUGGGGACAAUUAGUGGAGGCUAUAGAUGAGUACCAAAUUCUGGCAAGACAACUGCAAAAAGAGGUCCAGUCAUCAAAUUCAUCAGACUUCACAGAAGAGCAGAAGAAAACUUUAGGAAAGAUUGCAACAUGCCUGGAGAUGAGAAGUGGCAGUUUGCAGUGCACACAGUCGAAGGAGGAGUUCAAGUUAGAAGAACUAAAGAAACUGGAAACCAUAAUUCAAAAUAUUCUCACCUACAACAAAGAAUUUCCCUUUGAUGUCCAGCCGGUGCCCUUAAGGAAAAUCCUCGCCCCGGGGGAAGAGGAGAACCUGGAGCUGGAGGAGGAGGAGGAUGCGGUAGCGGGAGCAGGUGCUACAGAAGCUUUCCCGCAGCGAGCCCCUGCUUCGCAAGGUACCUUGUUGCCACGUUUACCAUCAGAGCCUGGGAUGUCACUACUUACAUUAAAGAUUGAAAAGAUCGGGUUGAAGGAUGCCGGACAGUGCAUCGAUCCCUACAUGACCAUUAGUGUCAAAGAUAUGAACGGUGUAGAUUUGAACCCGGUGCAGGACACCCCUGUGGCCACCAGGAAGGAAGAUACCUACAUUCACUUCAGUGUGGACGUAGAGAUCCAGAGACACGUGGAGAAAUUACCAAAAGGAGCAGCUAUCUUCUUUGAAUUCAAGCACUACAAACCUAAAAAGAGGUUUACCAGCACAAAAUGUUUUGCCUUCAUGGAAAUGGACGAGAUCAAACCGGGCCCCAUCGUAAUCGAACUGUACAAGAAGCCCACAGACUUCAAGAGGAAGAAACUGCAGCUUUUAACAAAGAAACAACUCUAUCUGCAUCUUCAUCAGACACUACACAAGGACAGCUAAGUGAUAGCACACCUUGAACUUUGAAUCACCAUCUUAUGAUAUUUUCUCUUACAUCCACAUCCAGCAAAAUGUGGUGUUCCACCUCAUCACAUCCAGCAAUCACCCCCCAUGAGUAUAUCAAAAAGUAAAGGGAACUGACUCACAUCAGCUCAGACCGCACAUCACUUUUGCAGUUUUGUAUUUUUUGAUAUUGUUGUCAAAUUCUGUCCCAAAACUCACAAACACUUAAACCACUUAAUUUUUAGUCUUCCUUAGCUCACUGACUUGGGGAAACAGGGGACCGACACAAUGUGAAUUAUUACAGGUGCACAAUUUGAGUCUUACAGUUUGACUCGCUACUAUCUGUAGCGGUUGGACUCUCAAGUGAAAUUUAGCAAAACAUUAUAAGCAACUGAAGUUCCCAAUAAAUGCACUAUGUUGGUACUUUCAUCGCAGAGUUUGCAAAGCUAUUCCCUGGAUAAAAAACACACGAACAGCAACACUGUUUGCUCCGUCAAGCUAUUAAAAUGUUAUUACGUCAGUCAUAGUCGGAGUGUAGCAUAAUUAUAGACUUUUAUAGUGUUUAAUUAUCAAUUAAAUCAAUGGAUUUGAAAAAGCUAUUACAAAGUGGUUAUUUAAUUUUAAAAAGUCAACGGUAAAAAGAUUAAAUUUACCUAUUAAUAUAUUUUGUUAUGUGCAAAAAAAAUAUAUAACUGAAUUGCAAAAUGUAAUUACAAAAUUGAUUUCUAAAAAGGCUGUUAAAUUAAACUUUGUUAAUACAUUAACUAAAAUCCUGCUAAGCAUAAACACUACUGUCCUGUUUUCGGCUUUUAACAUUUACAGUUUCCAUUUUAUGCUUUCUUUAUAUUGACCUGCAUUAACAGAUUUGUUUGGGCACUUGGGGCAGCGGAUACAAGCUGUAAACACAACCCUGACAUAUCAUCAUGUUUUAAGUUGAUGAAGGGUUGGUGAACUUCCUAUUUACACAUCCAGCACACAUGGAGCAGCAUUAGCAAUUAUUUGGAAUCGUGUAUGAAUGUAAGUUCAAUGUUUACUCAAUUUUAGCUCUGUUGUGUUCUCACCAGAAUCUGAAGGGAAAUAUCUGGCUCUUUAGCUGCUAAAUGCUCCAUUAUGUUUACCAGCUAGUAACCGCUAACUUUAUCUGCUGAUUGGUGCUGGAUAACAGUGUGACUGGAAACAAGGUUAUGCGUUGGGUCAACUAAAACAGCAAAAUCAAAACGAUGUGUUAAGACCCUAAAACUCUCAGUAGAGCUGAACUGUAGUUCCAUGUUGGUUUGUCACUAUGAGCGACAGCUUUCACAUUACAUGUUGUUAUUUGACUAAUAUAAAAAUAUUAGUGCAGCUUUAAUUUAAGGCAGGAAGCCCUCUGAUUGGCAGGCUUUUUUGACAUCUUAAAUUAAAUUUGUCUUUAAAUAAAGCUAUCAAAGUGGAAACUGUAAAGUAAGUGUGUGUGUGUGUGUGCACAAUUAUAUGUUAAAUAUACAAUAGGUUUAUUCUUUUAAGUUGUGUUGGCUUUGUCAAAAUAUUUCACAAGUUUGAUUUAAAGGCCAGAUUUCUAUAUUACCUUGUCCUCUAAAUGUCCCCAUAAUUCCAACAGUCCUCACAUGUCAGCGUUCAAGCUUUAAUAUGAUUGAUAUGCUUAUUUAAACUCUUUCGUACGGUUUUGUAAAUGAAUAAAGAAUAAAUUGAAUGCAUCAUGGUUUGCAUGCAGUGAAUGUGAAACCUGUAUUCAGGAUAACACCAGUUUUCUUUUUCUAAGCAAGCAGAAAUGCAGCAUUUGGAUUAUCCAGAUCUUUAUCACGUGCCAGGAAGUGUUUUCUUUUAAAUCUAGUGUUACUUUGCAGAUUGGGUGUUUUAUGUACAUAGUUACAUUUAACCAGUGCUUACAUGAGACAUCUAGAGGAUGCAUCUUUAUGGACAGCUGAAGGACAGGGAUUGUGCUCUUGGACUGACUUUUUCAAGAUCUUUCUUUCUCUUAAAUUGUUAUUCAGAAAAGCCUUCUACUUUUAUUUUGAAAUUUCCCAUCACCCUGUUAUAAAGGGCUUUUUGUUUUUAAAUGAAGUUGCAUUAACUUUGUUUCCACUGACUUUGCAGAUGUUCUUCACUAAAACAUCUACAGUGUAUUUUUUUAGAUUUUAUUUUUGUAACAUCACAAUAUUCAGGACUGUAAAUUAACUCUAAGAUACACUAACUGAUGAGUAAACAGUAACUGUGUGUCUGUAUGAAGCACUAUGACAUGGUAAGACUGAGACCUGUGGAGUGUUUUAAGUUUGUUGACAGACUGAAGGGAAUUGUAUCAAACAUUUACAAAGCUUUUAAUUUCUAAUAAACUACAAAUGAA